ACAGGGCACCGUCUAUACAGCGGUGGACGAGAUAAAAAAGGAACAUUUCAUUUCACAGAUAAGGCAAAUGAGGGCCUAUCUAUCCAUCCCGCACUGACGGGAGCAGACAGGUACCCUAUCUUGUAGGAGUGCCCAACAAAAAAAAACAAUAGUCAGUUACCGGCGGGACGGGACGCCCUGCGAAGAUCCGCGGCGCGAAUCGCGAGGCCGCCAUCAGGUGAUUCUUCUCAAAAGAACCAAAUAAAACGCAACGGAGGCCAGUAGCGGAGGGGCACCUAACCCAUCGAUCUCUUGCUUCUCUACUGGAUGUUUGGGAUCUCCAUGUCCCGCCCUGCAAGCGUCCCCCUGCCCUGCUCCUCCCAAGCCCUUCUCCCCUUCUUGAUGUUGUUGGCCUGCCUCUCCUACUCUCCUCUUCCUCCUCCCCCCCUGCCGCUCUCCUGGUGGCUUGCAUAUCAUAUCCUCCCUCCAUUCUUCCUUUCUUCACUCAAGCCAAGCUCUUUGCUUCUUGGGGUUGCCAUGCCUCAUAAUCUCAUUCUCACGGCUUGAGAAAAGAUCGGGCCUUGCCUUUUCCAGCUGCACCGGCUUGCUUGGCGCGGCCUUCGUCCCAUUUGCACCCCCUCCCCAGCUGUGUUUCAAUCGGCAAGGCCAUUGAUCCGAGGAUGGCGGACCACUUCGCGCUCAUGACGGGACGGAUGAUCACGGAGGCGACGCUUCAGGGCGCCAUCUUUGAUGCCCCUUCCGCGAAGGAUGCUUGUGAUCAUCAUGAUCCUUCUAUUUUUGAGGACGGGAGGACCAAGACUGGUGUCAUGGUGGAAUGCAGAAUCUGCCAAGAAGAAGGUGAUCAAGCCUACAUGGAGACCCCUUGCUCCUGCAAGGGUAGCCUCAAGUACGCUCACCACAUAUGCAUCCAGAGGUGGUGUAACGAGAAGGGAGACACCAUAUGUGAGAUAUGCUUACAGCAAUUUACACCAAACUACAGUGCCCCUUUGAAGUUGUUUCGGAUCGGAAGAAACCAAAUUAGCUUCAGGAGAGCUGGAGGAACACCAGAGAAUCUCAACGCUGGAGAAAACGUUUCCCAAACCGCUGAUCAUGCUGCCGGCACAUCAAGCUUUGACUCUCAAUUUUGCAAUCCAAAAGGCGUCACCUACUGCCGUGUGAUUGCCAUCGCCUUGAUGGCUCUGCUGGUGCUCCGUGACGCAAUCUCGCUUGUCCUCGGCGGCCCCGAGGUGUACUCGAUGGCACUGAUCACUCUGCUGAUGUUCAGAACAGCCGGAGUUGUCAUACCCAUCUACAUUAUCUUGAUAUCAGUUGUCACAUUGCUCCAUCGGUACAGUCAACACCAGGAUGUGCAUGGCGCAACGCCAGUUACAGAACCUGUAGGAAUUGAGGACACAGAGAGCCUGCCGCCGACGCCACCUCAACAGCAUGUCAUCAGCAUCCAGUAGCAAGCUGCACAAGGAGAAUGGUGGUUAGAUUCUGUCAAAUAUUAUUAGUCUCCCCCGCAAAAAAAAAAUAUUAUUAGUCUCAUUGGAUGAAGUUAGCGAGAUCGACGCUGGCUGUCAUAGGAUACAGAAGAUGCAAAAUCAUUGCAAGUGUAAAGAUGUUCCGUAGAAUUGUACACAAAGCAUAUACUAGGAACAACACACUUGACUUAACAAGUCAUGGAGAUGAGAAGUGAAAUUGAAGUGGGCAUGUGUAUAUAAA